GCCUCAUGAUGAACUGUGAUGGGCAAUCGAGAUAUCGAUCUAAUUCAGGAGUCUCGAUUUGGCACGAUUCGGCACGAUUCGGCACGCAAGAGAACAGUCGCUUGACACCAACGGCCCUAAAGAACACCACUGUACAGGAUUCAAGUUGGGAACUACUCCCCUGACACUGCCGUAUCGAAGAAAAUCGGCGACGCUCUCACCAUGGCAUCCCAACUACUUCCCCUAGAACUGAUCGACAAGUGCGUCGGCUCGAGGAUAUGGGUCAUCAUGAAGGGCGACAAGGAGUUCAGCGGCACCCUCACCGGUUUCGAUGACUAUGUCAACAUGGUGCUUGAGGAUGUCACAGAAUUCGACUACUCCGGACAGCACGUCAAGCUGCCCAAAAUUCUGUUGAACGGCAACAAUAUCUGCAUGUUGAUUCCUGGAGGAGAGGGUCCCGUCUGAGGGAGGCUUGGGAAGAUGCAUGAAAAAUAAGAGCACUGGUGUCGAUGUGAUGAGCAAACACAAUCAGUCCAACAAAGGCUACAAAAGCUACAGAGCCAGAUCGAGGGCCUUAUCGGAUGAGUAGAAAGCACAACGGCACAUCAAAUCAAAUCAAUAAAAAGACAUGACCAACCCA